AUGUAUAGAACAGCACAUUCGCAAGAGCAAAAUGUCAAUGAUGAGAACAAAAUCCUAGAAUCUAGCAAGCAAGAUAAGUCAAUUUCAGUUCCAAAUGCAUAUGCAAGUAUAAAAUCACGUACUGCAUUAGGUGUUAUUUCAGAUUCAACCUUGAAUCAGAGUCAGACAAAUCCUAGAUAUCAAUCUCAAGGACACUAUUUUCCACAUUCUCAUCAACACGAUCAGCAACAUGACCAUCAACAUCAAUACCAAUCUAACCACAUAGAUGCACAUGUAAGUCAUAGGGGGAAGAUACCCAUUCUCUCUGACAAUCAGAAAAACCAAGUUACACAUUCCGGUUCUGUAUCGACUAUUUCAACAUCAGAAGAUGUAAUGGAUCAGUCAAGUAAUGAUGAGGCAAAUUACAUCCAUGAAGAACAGGAUGAAGAAUUUGAAAGUGAUGAUUAUUCAUUCAAUCAGCCACUAUCACCAAUAAUGUCCCUGAAAAUUGAGCAGGAAAUCGAUAGGGUUUAUACUAAAUUUUCUAGAACUGAACUCGAUCCAAAUGAUGAAGACACUUAUGAUUGUACAAUGGUGGCUGAGUAUGGUAAUCGGAUUUUCAAUUAUUUGCAUGAAUUGGAAAUCAAAUACAAACCGAAUCCAAGGUAUGUUGAACAAAUACAAAAGGAUCUAUGUUGGGAGCAUAGAUCAACAUUAAUGGAUUGGCUGGUUCAACUUCAUUCAAGAUUCAACCUUUUACCAGAGACUUUGUUUCUUGCAGUUAAUAUAAUUGAUCGGUUUUUAAGUAAAAAGACCAUUUCAUUAUCGAGGUUUCAGUUGUGUGGUGCUGUUGCCUUAUUUAUUGCAGCUAAGUAUGAGGAAAUAAAUGUGCCGACCGUUUCUCAAAUGGUUUAUAUGGUAAGCAAUCAAUAUCCGAGGGAUGCUUUUCUAAGAGCUGAGCGGUUUAUGGUGGAGGUACUAGGAUUUGAAUUUGGAUGGCCCGGUCCAAUGUCCUUCUUAAGACGGGGAUCAAAAGCGGAUGAUUAUGAUGCAGAAGUUAGAACUUUAGCAAAGUAUUUUUUGGAAAUCACAAUCAUGGAUUCAAGAUUUGUUUCUUCUCCGCCUAGCUGGUUAGCAGCGGGCGCUCAAUAUCUUUCUAGGAGAAUGUUAGCACGUGGUGAAUGGAGUGAAGCUCAUGUUUAUUAUACUGGUUAUACAGCCGAACAACUGGAACCUCUUGCAUUAUAUUUUGAACAUUGUUGUUUAAAUGCCGAGUCUCAUCAUAAAUCUAUAUAUCAAAAGUACAGUGAGAGACGGUUCAAGAGGGCCUCAUUGUAUGCAAAUCAAUAUGUUCGUGAACUAUACAAUUCUUGA